AUGUGUCUAGAGACAGCUAAACGCCCAACACCUAGCAACUCAAGCCUGUGUCUAGAGGCAGCUAAACGCCCAACACCUAGCAACUCAAGCAUGUGUCUAGAGACAGCUAAACGCCCAACACCUAGCAACUCAAGCAUGUGUCUAGAGGCAGCUAAACGCCCAACACCUAGCAACUCAAGCAUGUGUCUAGAGACAGCUAAACGCCCAACACCUAGCAACUCAAGCAUGUGUCUAGAUACAGCUAAACGCCCAACACCUAGCAACUCAAGCCUGUGUCUAGAGACAGCUAAACGCCCAACACCUAGCAACUCAAGCAUGUGUCUAGAGACAGCUAAACGCCCAACACCUAGCAACUCAAGCCUGUGUCUAGAGGCAGCUAAACGCCCAACACCUAAGGCAGCUAAACGCCCAACACCUAGCAACUCAAGCAUGUGUACAGAGGUGGCUAAACGCCCAACACCUAGCAACUCAAGCCUGUGUCUAGAGGCAGCUAAACGCCCAACACCUAGCAUCUCAAGCCUGUGUACAGAGGUGGCUAAACGCCCAACACCUAGCAUCUCAAGCCUGUGUCCAGAGGCAGCUAAACGCCCAACACCUAGCAUCUCAAGCCUGUGUACAGAGGUGGUUAAACGCCCAACACCUAGCAACUCAAGCCUGUGUCUAGAGACAGCUAAACGCCCAACACCUAGCAUCUCAAGCCUGUGUACAGAGGUGGCUAAACGCCCAACACCUAGCAUCUCAUGCCUGUGUCCAGAGGCAGCUAAACGCCCAACACCUAGCAUCUCAAGCCUGUGUCUAGAGACAGCUAAACGCCCAACACCUAGCAUCUCAUGCCUGUGUCCAGAGGCAGCUAAACGCCCAACACCUAGCAUCUCAAGCCUGUGUCUAGAGGCAGCUAAACGCCCAACACCUAGCAUCUCAUGCCUGUGUCCAGAGGCAGCUAAACGCCCAACACCUAGCAUCUCAAGCCUGUGUCUAGAGGCAGCUAAACGCCCAACACCUAGCAUCUCAUGCCUGUGUCCAGAGGCAGCUAAACGCCCAACACCUAGCAACUCAAGCCUGUGUCUAGAGACAGCUAAACGCCCAACACCUAGCAUCUCAAGCCUGUGUACAGAGGUGGCUAAACGCCCAACACCUAGCAACUCAUGCCUGUCCAGAGAGGCAGCUAAACGCCCAACACCUAGCAUCUCAAGCCUGUGUCUAGAGGCAGCUAAACGCCCAACACCUAGCAUCUCAUGCCUGUGUCCAGAGGCAGCUAAACGCCCAACACCUAGCAUCUCAAGCCUGUGUCUAGAGGCAGCUAAACGCCCAACACCUAGCAUCUCAUGCCUGUGUCCAGAGGCAGCUAAACGCCCAACACCUAGCAACUCAAGCCUGUGUCUAGAGACAGCUAAACGCCCAACACCUAGCAUCUCAAGCCUGUGUACAGAGGUGGCUAAACGCCCAACACCUAGCAACUCAUGCCUGUCCAGAGGCAGCUAA